AGCACUUCGAUGAAGACAGCUACUCCCCUCCUCCACCCAGGAACAUGAAGGCUCUAUCGGGCGGCCGGCCCAGCCAGCUCCAAAUCAACUUGGCUCACACCUGCGGCCUGGCCGACUGCGACCACUCCCUGGACCACCAUGAGUCCCGCACCCCCUCAUACCUCCUCAGCCCCACAGAGAGCUGUCUCAUGGAGCACCACCGCUGCUCCCCUCGUAGCUCCAUCCACUCUGAGUGCAUGGCGAUGCCUGUCUCCAUGGCCAACACAGACCACUCCAUCUCCAGCAGUACCUUUCCCAGGAUGCACUACAGCUCGCACCACGACGGCAAUGGGUCGCGGGAUGGUGGUGGAGGAGGAGGAGCAGGAGGAGGAGGAGGUGUUGGCAGUGGGUCACGGAAUCGAGAUGAGUGUGGCUCGUCUCAUGGCGGCAGCGGUAAGAUGAACAGAAUCCCAGCCAACCUGCUGGACCAGUUUGAGAAGCAGCUUCCGUUACACCGUGAUGGCUUCCACACACUGCAGUACCAGAGGGCAUCCACCACCACCACCACGGAGCAGCGCAACGAGAGCCCCGGGAGGAUCCGACACCUGGUCCACUCUGUCCAAAAGCUCUUCACCAAGUCCCACUCCCUGGAGGGCUCGUCCAAGAUGAAUGGAACCAAGGCAGACUCUCACCGGGAAGGCUCCCACCACCAUCAUCACCACCACCACCACGGACACCACAAACACAGCAAGCGCAGCAAGAGCAAAGAGCGUAAGUCAUCAGACAGUAGCUGUAAGCAGCGCUCCGGGGUGGCGGGCUGGUGGAGCUCGGACGAUAACCUGGACAGUGACAGUACGUACCGGACGCCCAGUGUCAUGUCACGCCAACAGGUGGACCACAUCAGCCACUGCUACCCCGACUCUGUCCACAGCCACUACGGGGACCUGUCGCUCAAGACCUCCAAGAGCAACAACGAUGUGAAGUGUUCUGCGUGUGAGAGCGUGGCCAUGGCUCCUGAAGGGAAGUUCAUGAAGAGGAGCUCUUGGUCAACGCUGACUGUCAGCCAGGCCAAGGAGGCCUACAGAAAGUCCUCCCUCAACCUGGAGAAACCCAUGAUGCCCACAGACCUCAAGGCCAACCUCAGGCCCUGCCACUACUUACAGGUACCUCAGGAUGAGUGGAGUGGUUACCCAGGGGGAGUGAAGGGUGAUGAGAUCCCCUGUCGGAGGAUGAGGAGCAGCAGUUACGUCAAAGCCAUGGGUGACGAGGAGAGUGGAGAUUCUGACUCCAGCCCCAAGACCUCCCCCGUGAAGACGGUCCGGCCACACUCCCUGGUCAAGUCUGUCAUGCAGAGACCGCUCCUAGACUCCCAGAGCUCUUACCGGGUGGAUAAAAUGAACAGUGACGUGCGUAACUACAUCACCAAUUUUGCUGCAGACUUAAGUCAGAGCUUCCAGGUGCAGGCCUCCAGAGACAUGCACCCCCACCCCAGCAUGGCCCUGGAGCCCUCCACCAACUAUAACUACCGGCAGCCACCUCUCCCAACAGCCCAGUUCCGCUCCAGGAACCAGAGUUACAUGCGGGCAGUCAGCACUCUCAGCCAGGCCAGCUGUGUUAGCCAGGUCAGCCAGGUGAGUGAGACAGAGAUAAAUGGUCAGUUUGAGUCAGUCUGUGAGUCGGUGUUCAGUGAGGUGGAAUCUCAGGCUGUGGAGGCUCUGGACCUGCCCGGCUGUUUCCGGACACGGAGCCACAGCUACUUGAGGGCCAUUCAGGCUGGCUACUCCCAGGAUGAUGACUGCAUCCCCGCCAUGACCUCCUCCACCCUCACCUCUACCAUCAGGGCCACAACAGAGGUCAAAUACACAAACAACUACAAGAAGAUGACCCCUCCGCCGGUCCCGCCCCGCUCCAUCGCAGGCUCAAAGCCCCUCAUCUCAGUCACAGCUCAGAGCAGCACAGAAUCCACCCAGGAUGUGUACCACGAGGGCAGGCACCCUCAAGGGUGGGGGGACGGGCUGGGCCUGAGCUUGGGCAGGACCCUGUAUAACUCCACAGACAGUCUGGACAGUGCCAAGGCGGUGACUAUAGCCAUGGAGGCAGCAGGGGUGAUGUCUGGGAAGAGACACCCGUCCACAGACAGUCAUAGCUCAGUGAUGACCUGUGAUAAAGCCAUCUUGGUGUCCAAGGCUGAAGAGUACCUCAAAACACCACGCUCCUCCAUAGGGAUACAGGUGGAAGCAGCCACCGACUCGGAGUCAGAUACCAAAGGGUCGAGGGAAUACCAUUCGGUGGGGAUCCAAGUAGAAGAUGACAAACGAGGGCAGGGCAGGUUGAAGCGCUCCAACAGUGUAACAGCCUCCGUUCAGGCUGACAUGGAGAUGGAAGGGUUUCCCACCAUGGAGGACAAGGGCCUACAGUUUGGAGGGGGUUUCCUAGGGGGGCACUCUGAGCCCAGCACACCUACCCAGUACGGGGUACGCACCGUCCGCACCCAGGGCCUCUUCAGCUACCGGGAGGACUACCGGACCCCCACAGGGCCCCCCAGCCCCCAGCAGACCUCCAGUGAGACCACCUGGCAGCUAGAGCCCCCCUCCCCCAGGGAGCCUGCAGCUUCGUCUGGCGAGUCGGGCCGGGUGUCCCCCGCCUUGCGGAGGGAUGGAAGCUGGUUCAUGCAGCUGCUCCACGCAGAGACCAAGAGGAUGGAGGGAUGGUGUAAAGAGAUGGAGGCGGAGGCGGAGGAGAACGACCUCUCUGAGGAAAUCCUAGGUAAAAUCAGGAGUGCGGUGGGCAGUGCUCAGCUCCUCAUGUCUCAGAAAUUCCAGCAGUUUUACUGGCUUUGUCAGCAGAACCUGGACCCCAGUGCCAUGCCCCGCCCCACCUCUCAGGACCUGGCUGGAUUCUGGGACCUCCUGCAGCUGUCCAUCAAUGACGUCACCACCAAGUUUGACAAGCUGCAGCAGAUGAAGAACAACGACUGGAGGCCCUUAGAGAAUAGCCCAGAGAAGAAGUUGCCACCUGUCGUACCAAAGAAGUCCAUGAUCGGGAAGAGAGGCGUGACGCGGGAGAAGUCCCUGGACCUUCCAGACCGCCACCGCCAGGAGGCACGCAGGAGGCUCAUGGCGGCCAAGCGUGCGGCUUCCUUCCGUCAGAACUCAGUGUCAGAGAGAGCAGACAGCAUCGAGAUCUACAUCCCUGAGGCCCAGACUCGCCUUUGAGAGGAUGGGAACAGGGGUCAGGGGUGAGGGGCGUCUCCCCCCUCAGACUUCCCCUCAACUAGACUCUCCUUUAACUAGCCUUUUUCUAGACUAUCUACUGUACACUUCCCUCCUUUAUCUGUCUCCUCAUGACUUCACUGUCAUCAUCUUCUGAGUUCAUCUCCACUCCUCGCUAAGUACGAUAUCGCAGAACCCCCCUCAUCCAUUACCAAAUAUGUAUUAGUAAAUAUAUAUCUAAGAAUUGGUUCAUCAUUGGUUUAUCUUCUCCUUGGUUUUCCCAUUAUUAUUAUUUUUUGUUAGUUUAAUAGUGUUACAUGACGGAAUACACAACUCCAAAAGCUCUCAUUGAAUCAUCCUGGAAUGGUAUAUCUGUAUUUUUCAAAAUUUCCAAAGUGCAGCUUUGAAACCUACCAGCAACUAGAGAGAAUACAAACCCGGUUACAAAUUGAUGACUCCAUGAAACCCCUGCAAUUAUCCUACUUUUGUUUCCAAUUGUGUUCAUAAGCUAACAAACACACAAAAUGAUUCAAGUGAACCUAUUUGAAAGUGCAGUGCUUGAAAUACCUCAACUGUGCAUACCACACUGUAGCUUCUGACCAAGGGGCAGGUCAUCCUUGUCUGAAAUGUCUGUUUUGUGAAGUCACAGUAAGCUCUGGUUUGGUCAAUGUUGUCAAUGUUGGAAAAUGCAGCUUUCUACCAAGUCAGGUAGAGGUCAAAGGUUCAAGUGAGCCUCAUGGUAGAACAUUUUAUUUAAAGAUUUCUGAAUCAAGCUCAUUACCUUUCUCCAUUCCAGACUAUCCCCUAGAGUUCCCGAUACUGUUGACAUUUCACAUGUAACGACAUUUACUUGAAGCAGACAACAUGCACAUUUUUUAAGAAGAUAAUUUCAUUGCAGUGGGGGAAAAAAUGCUGUGGAAGGUUUGCAUAGAAUAAUGCACUUUUGCACUUCUUAUAAUUCUCUGUAUUUCAAAGGGAAAUGUACAAAGUUCACAACAGUAUUGUUGUAUUUGGAUUGCAAGAGACUAAAUUAAUAUUCUUAAUCACAUGGUUGAUUUUUCACCUCGUCUCUCCAUCCCUUCCUACAUAUCAUGUUGCAUCAAAAUAGUACUUUUGUCAUUUUUUCAAACAUCUAUCCCUUCCCCUAGCUGUCAACCCAGUAAUAACAGUUUCUAAACAAACAACACUCAAACACACAGUAGUGACAUAGUUUCAUUGAUUAGAACACAGCUUGAACAGUCUUGGAGACCAUUUUCUUUUGUUGAUUAUCUACCAGACACGUGCAGUGUGUGACUGUUUCACGUUAUUACCUUGUAACGGUUACUCCAAAAGGUAAAUACCAAAUCAAAUCAAAUUUGAUUUGCCACAUGCGCCGA